AUGACGACGACCUGCAUGGCCAUCAUGGAAGCGGAAGAGGUGAACUUCCAAUCGAUGGAGCUGGGCUCUCCCCGCAGAGAACGCAGCCCCAGUUCUGAUGGCCUCAAAAAGAAGAACAGCCGAAAGAGGAAGAAAAAAAUGAGCAACUCUAGUUUUGUUAAUUUGAGAGACUGGACUUGUAAAGUGCAGAGGAGAUAUGAGAAGAAGCUAAAAACGUCAGAACAGGGGGUGCCUCUUGAAGGGAAUGUUACCUCCUUCCCCAGUGGAGGAGAGUCAAACAGGGACUACCGCCAUCCCCCCUCCUGCAGCUCCCCCUCCUCCUGUUCCUCCUCCUUCAAAUCAAGAUCCAGUUUGGGUAACAACAUUGUGUUCACCUCCGAUGAGUCAAACUACGACUCGGACAUUGAGCAGCGCAUCUGCAAGUUUUUGAAAUUAGAAGAUAGCGCUGCUGUAGGGAAGGGGGAGCGGAAGAGAAGGGGGAAGGGAACGGCGAUUGAGGUGGUGGCGGCUGAGGUGAUGGCUGCUGAGGGGAUGGCAGCUGAGGGGGGGGUUCCCCAUGACGCUGCGCUUGACUUUGCGCUUGACGUUGCACACGGAGAUGCUCUUGAAGGUUUGAACCUGGACGUUCACCCUGGGGAGCAUGGCGAUGUCAUUACCGACGUUAUCGCAGACGUAGCUGCAGAUGGGUCAAUCGAUGAGGGAAUGAACACCCGGUCGAUGAACGACGCUACGCUGAACACGAUAGAGGGCAUCACAGAUCUGGGAGGCACCAUGAUGGAUGACGACCAUCUGGCCAUCCCAGCCAAUAAACAAACGCAGAAGGAAAAAAGAGAGUCAGACGAUGUGCAAAUAGUUAAUAAGGGGCCUACCCAAUCGAACGACCAACAAGUCAGUAGCAACACAGUGAAGAAGAAAAAGGAUCCCCCCGAGGGAGGAAAAAAGAAUCGCCACAGUAAUGACAAAAUGGUGAGCGCAGAUGAUGGGAAGAUGGCCUUCAAAGAGGGUAGCGCUCCCAAUGGGGAUGACACACCUGAGAGUGGGCGCCUUGGUGGACGCCCUCCCACGCGUGGCAAUGCUAAGGGGGAAGAUGCUAAUGUGGAGCGGUCGCUCAAGGGCAAGCGCGGAGGCGGCAAAGAAGUCAUCAAAGAAGUGAUCAAAGAAGUGAUCGUGGAGGAAGAGCAGCAGAAGCAGGAGGAGGAGGAAGAAGAAGAAGAUGAGGAGGAAGAAGAGGAAGAGGAUGAGGAGGAGGAGGAGGAAGAGGAAGAGGAAGCUGAUGAGGAGGAAGAGGAAGCUGAUGAGAAGGAGGAGAAGAAGGAGGAAAAGGAGGAGAAGAAGGAGGAGAAAGCCCGAAAGGACCCCCCUAAUGAAUCAACUCGAAAACCUACAAAGGAACCCCUUAACGAAUCGACCCGCAAACCCACAAAGGAACCCCCUAGCGAAUCGACCCGAAAAUCUACGAGGGACCCCCCUAGCGAAAAGGACUCGCGGGGAAUCGCCGAGCCGAAAAGGGAAAGACCCCCGAAGGAAGAGACAAAGCAAAAUCGCGAAAAAGGUGACCCCAAGGAGGAACGCUCCCCGAGGAAGACAGAAGAGAAGCAGCAGAGGCACAGAAAGGAUAAUCCACACAAACCUAGAACCGAUAGAGAGAGAAAAAAAAACCAUUCGAAUGAACGGGAGAACCCGAGCAGAGGUAACGCAGAAAGGAAUGGCCCUGAUAGUCAUCACAAAAGAAAUGCGAAGGAGAAAGAGACAAACAGAUUGAAGAAAUCCAUCAGCCGGAGUCGAGAAGGACAAGCGAACGAAAGAGACAAACCAAGUUCGCGUGAGAAGGAGCAACCCCCAGCACAGGUACAAAAGGAGUCUAAUACGAAUGGUAAGCUGCGGUCGGCGAAACAUUAUGAGGAGAGAAACAAAAGGGACAAUUCGCAUCCCAGUGGAAGGAAAAGCACCCAGAAUGGAGAUACUCUGCGUGCCGAUAGGGAAAGGGACAGCAGGAAUAAGGAGGAGGGGGAGAAAAUUGAGAGGAGGGACAGACAGGGGGAAGCGGAACGGGAAGGGGACAGUGAAAGGGGGAAAAGGAGGAACAAGGAAAGGGAGAGAAAUAGAGAGAAGGAGAGGGAAAGAGAGAGGGAAAGAGAGAGAGAAAGAGAGAGGGAUCAUCCGAGGGAAGCAGAGAGGGAACGACCCAGGGAAGUAGAAAGGGAACGACCGAGGGAAGUAGAAAGGGACCGACAAAGAGAAGCGGAAAGGGAACGACAGAGAGAAGCAGAAAGAGACCGACCCAGGGAUACAGAGAGAGACCGACCCAGGGAUACAGAGAGAGACCGACCCAGGGAAGCAGAGAGAGACAGACAAAGAGAUGUAGAGAGGGAUCGCCCAAGAGAAACGGAGAGGGACAGACAAAGAGAUGCAGAGAGGGAUCGCCCAAGAGAAACGGAGAGGGACAGACAAAGAGAUGCAGAGAGGGAUCGCCCAAGAGAAACGGAGAGGGAGCGACAAACUUUAAGGGAACGGGAUAGGGAGCGAGAAAGAGACCGAAACAGAGAGGCAGAGCGAGAACGAGAAAGGGAAAGGGAAAGAGAUCGAAAUAGGGAGGCAGAGAGGGAGAGGAAUAGGGAGGCAGAAAGGGAGAGGAAUAGAGAUGCAGAAAGGGAAAGGAAUAGGGAAGCCGAGAGAGACCGAAACAGAGAAGCCGAGCGAGAAAGGAAUAGGGAAGCCGAGCGAGAAAGGAAUAGGGAAGUCGAGCGAGAAAGGAAUAGAGAAGCAGAAAGGGAAAGGAAUAGGGAAACAGAACGAGAGCGAAAUAGGGAGGCAGAGAGAGAGCGAAAUAGGGAGGCAGAAAGAGAGCGAAAUAGGGAAGCAGAACGAGACCGAAAUAGGGAGGCUGAGCGAGACCGUAAUAGGGAGAAACAAUUUGAAAACGGCAAGAACACGCCGAGAAUGCCAAAGGGCAGCAACUCCUCGCACGACAUUUUGAAGAAAAAACCUAACGGAGUGGAGCCAAACGUAAGCAGGAAGAGACCCCACUCAAACGAAAAUGAAGGAAGUGGCAGUGGCAACCACGUGGCGAAGAAGAUUCACGACGAAAGUGACCAGCACGCGCACACGGAGAGAGACCGUUAUGUGUAUAACGCAGCCGACACCCCCUCGAGGAAGUACUACGUUCAGAAAAAUAAAACCAACGAUAGUGAAAACUGGGAGAAGAAGAUGUCCAAGCUGAAGGAAAAGCUGAUUAGGAAAAAUAUGAACAAGUAA